AUGGAGGAUGUGUGCGUGUCUGGUGUCUAAAUAGAGACCUGUGGAGGUUUUACCCAUAAAUCGUAGAUCCAAAUAAUUCCUCCACACAAGCAGGACAUAAGUAUGAUUAAUCAGAAGAAUAAAAGGCACUGCUGGAUGUUGUUGGAAAGAGAUCCUUUAUGGGGGGCUGAACAGUGGUUCUCAAACUUGACUGCACGUUGGAAUCACUUUAAAACACAGACACCUGGGUUCCCACCCCCUAGAGGUUGUGACUUCUUUGACCUGGAAUUCUGUGCUGGUAUUGCAGGCAGCAGUACCUGUCCAAAGAUCACCCUAGUUCCACCUUGUGUGAAAAGCAGCACAACCCCACUGGUUGAUCAGAAUGUAUCUGAUGAAGAGGCUCAGGGAAUAAAUGGAAAAACGCCAGCGAAGCACUCAGCCACAAGUCCAAAGCCACAAGUGCCUCCAAAGCCAUUACAUCUGCAGAAUCCAUUUUCAUCCAACAUACACCAAACUCCCAGGCAUAAAGCUUUAUCUACUGCAAAACCAAGGAUGGAGGAAGUUAAACCUGCCUCUGCUUCUUGUGUCUCAAAAGAAAAACCCAGCAAGGUGUCCGAUCUCAUCAGUCGCUUUGAAGGAGGCAGCACAUUAUCAAAUUACAGUGAUUUGAAGAAAGAUUCUGCUGUGCACCUGAAUGCUCCUAGAACCCCAGGAAGGCAUCGAUUGACAACCACCCCUCAGCAGAAGCUCCUCCCCCAGCACCCACCACAGAAGCAGGGAAUCGACACAGAUCCAACUCAGGAUGUACAGACCAGUGUGGCUAACGGUGUGAUGGCAGCACAGAACCAGAUGGAGUGCGAGGAGGAUAAAGCGGCCACUCCUAGUCCAGAUACUCCUAUUCAAACUUCAGAACCCUUGCUUGCCAUGGACUUAGUGAAUGGAGAAGGAAAGGAGGAAAGUACCACAGACCCCGCAUCACCCACAGCAAAUGACUAUGUUGGAAAUGCGUCUGACAGUAGCUGCAGGACCUCCAUUGUCAGCCAAGAGCUCCCCCUGGAAGAAGGAAGCACAGAUGCAGAAGCCAAGGUACAAGAGCGGGAAGAUGGAGAAAGCCCUCUGGAACAAGACCAGCUGGACCAGCACGCCGAGACCAAGGAAACUAAUGAACAAAAACUUCACAAAAUAGCCAACGAACUUUUGCUUACAGAAAGAGCUUAUGUCAACCGACUUGACCUCUUAGAUAAGGUAUUUUACUGCAAAUUAUUAGAAGAAGCAAAUCGAGGCUCAUUUUCAGCAGAGAUGGUGAAUAAAAUCUUUUCUAAUAUUUCAUCAAUAAAUGCCUUCCAUAGUAAAUUCCUAUUGCCAGAGCUGGAAAAACGAAUGCAAGAAUGGGAAACUACCCCUAGAAUUGGUGACAUCCUUCAGAAAUUGGCACCAUUCCUUAAGAUGUAUGGAGAAUAUGUGAAGGGAUUUGAUAAUGCAAUGGAACUGGUUAAAAACAUGACAGAGCGUAUUCCCCAGUUCAAGUCAGUCGUUGAAGAAAUUCAGAGACAGAAGGUGUGCGGGAGCCUGACUCUGCAGCACCACAUGCUAGAACCCGUCCAGCGGAUCCCCCGGUAUGAGAUGCUCCUCAAGGACUACCUAAGGAAGUUGCCCCCUGACUCUCCAGACUGGAACGAUGCUAAAAAAUCACUUGAAAUUAUAUCUACGGCAGCAAGCCAUUCUAAUAGUGCAAUAAGAAAAAUGGAGAAUCUAAAGAAACUCUUAGAGAUUUAUGAAAUGUUGGGAGAGGAAGAAGACAUUGUCAAUCCUUCAAACGAACUCAUAAAAGAAGGACAGAUCCUGAAACUAGCUGCUCGGAACACAUCAGCACAAGAACGCUACCUUUUCUUAUUCAACAACAUGCUGCUGUACUGUGUCCCAAGAUUCAGCUUGGUGGGCUCUAAGUUCACAGUUCGAACCAGGGUUGGCAUUGACGGAAUGAAAAUUGUAGAGACCCACAAUGAAGAAUAUCCGCACACUUUCCAGGUAUCUGGGAAAGAGAGAACACUGGAGCUACAAGCCAGUUCUGAGCAAGACAAAGAAGAAUGGAUCAAGGCUCUUCAGGAGACCAUUGAUGCUUUCCAUCAGAGACAUGAAACCUUCAGAAAUGCAAUUGCAAAGGAUAAUGACAUGCAAUCAGAGGUUUCUACUGCUGAGCUAGGGAAAAGAGCUCCAAGAUGGAUCCGAGAUAAUGAAGUAACGAUGUGUAUGAAAUGCAAGGAGUCUUUCAAUGCACUGACAAGGAGAAGACAUCACUGUCGAGCAUGUGGACAUGUGGUUUGUUGGAAGUGCUCUGAUUACAAAGCUCAACUUGAAUACGAUGGUGGAAAAUUGAACAAAGUUUGCAAAGACUGUUAUCAGAUAAUAAGUGGAUUCACGGACAGUGAAGAAAAGAAGAGAAAAGGAAUUUUAGAGAUUGAAUCAGCAGAAGUAUCUGGAAACAGCAUAGUGUGCAGCUUUCUGCAGUAUAUGGAGAAGUCAAAACCUUGGCAGAAAGCUUGGUGUGUGAUCCCCAAACAAGACCCUCUUGUGCUGUACAUGUACGGUGCCCCCCAGGAUGUCCGAGCCCAGGCCACCAUUCCACUCCUGGGCUACGUUGUGGACGACAUGCCAAGGAGUGCAGACCUGCCAUACAGUUUCAAACUGACCCAGUCCAAGUCUGUGCACAGCUUUGCUGCAGACAGUGAGGAACUGAAACAGAAGUGGCUGAAAAUCAUCUUUUUAGCUGUCACAGGAUUCAGAAACCAAAGCAAGAAAACCAGGAAGCCAGUAGGAGAUGAGACUACAGAGUCCAGGCUUCAAGCCGCCUCAGUAAAGAUCAAUGUAAAGUCGAAAAAUAAAACCAUGGCAUCCUGGGUGAGUUCAUCUGGACUUUUCUUCUCCGUAUCUUCUAUUUUCUCUCAAAUCCAAAAAUAUAUCCAGAAAUUAAGAAGAAACACACCAUUACUAAGGCCCUGCUGACACCCACAUACGACCACCGGCGGCAGUCGCCGGUCGGAGAUCGCCAACAGUGGUGGCAGUGUGGCGGAUCUCAGCUUCCUCUUAACUUGGGUGUUAUCUGACAGUGACUUGGGCCCGGAACAGAGAGAGUCCCCCGCUCCCACGCUUUGCAUUAGUAUUUGUCACCUAAGCCCCGUUAUAGGACGCGAGUUGCUCAAAUCUUAGUAUGCAGCAGAUUCCUUGGCCAACAUAACAACGAAAAUGCAACAAAUAAAAAUUUUUUAGCUUCUGCCAAUAAUCCUGCUCUUUGUGACUUCUGGAGAAGGCCAGGGGUGCUGGACUCAGAUCAGGGCCAGAUAGGACAUACAGGCUCCAGGGAAAGUAAUCAUUUAAAAGGCUUUAAAACUAAGACUAUUUAAACACUUGUUUAUCAUUUAUUCAGAGAAAAGAAGGAAGGGAAAAGAAGUAAGACUUCUGGGGGCAGCUGGCACCCCAGCUAUUGUGUGCUGAGCGCUCCAGUUUUGGCACAAGAAUUGCAUAUACUACUAUUCCAGCAAUCAGCGGGACCCAGUUUCACUAGAAAGUGGUGUAGGGGCCAUUUACUCACAAGUGCCACCUGGGGGUCUCAAACUGUGACAAGUGACUUUAACCACAUGCUGUACUCUGAGAGUUAUGGUAAAUACAGUUUUCUCCAAAGCACUGUUCUCCACCACGGCUGGCGCUCACCGAUCCUUUAGAAUCCCUUGUGCAAUGGCAAAACAGGCGGCUCACCUGCUUGCCCGCCCUUAACCCAGCUCUGCCGGGAAGGACAGUCCCAAACACAGCCGCGCUAGGAUCCUCCCAGGUGGUUGUCUUU